AUGCGCACCUUCAUUGAAAAGUGUACAUUGUCAGCGAAUUGGAAGCCAAAAAGCAAGACGGAAUCUGACCCCUUGCACUUGCCACAAUAUCUGAAGGAAACUUACAGCAAGAAAUAUCCGUUUUUCAGCUUGGUCUUUGGACAAAAACCAAAGCCGGCUGCGUGGGAUAUAGAUAUGAAGAUGUUCCUAUUUGCAAUCGCUGCAUUGACUACACAACGACCCGAGAUAAAUAGAGACUUCUUCCUCGAAAUAGUGGCAGGCUGCUCACGCAGCCAGCACAAAGUACUCCAUCCUGACAUCCUUCUGAGAGCUGUCAACCCCGAGAACCUUCUAGAAGCCAUCGCAAAUAUCGAGCUAAUCGACGACUCUGCAAAAGGAAGCGGCGAAUUGUUGAUUGAAGCCAAGAUAGACGACACUCUCCCGAAAGCAAUCCCAAAUCUUAUCCCAGUCAUCGACUCUGACAGCGGCGACUCGUGGAUCAAAACCAAUAUACCUAGACUGGCAGACGAACCUCUCUACAAAGUGGAUAAUUCGUCAGAAGAAACCAUGCACCAGGAAGACGAACUCGUUAUGGAAAUCUUGUACAAGAGACUCGCAAUGGACAAGAGUGAUAGGAGUUAUGAAAUGAAUCGACUCUUCCAUUGUAUUGCCAAUCGCACCUUGGAGGAAUCAAGGGUGAGGACGACGGUCUCGGAGGAAUCAACGACAUCACAAUACAUCUCAAAAGUGAGCUUCAGAUCACCAAGGAAUCAGAUGAUUGAAAAGUAUUACGCCUUGCUUCCUCAGCCAAAAGUAGACUUCACUGCUCUGACACAAAAUGCCAAGAAGAAAAAGGCAAAUCUGAUGAAGGAAAUUAUUGCUCAAUUGGUGGGUCCAGAUCUUGCUCAACAAGAAGCAUUUCUGAAGCUUUCAUUCAAAAAGUUCAAAGACCUUAUACUUUUCCACGAGGAAGACUUCAAGUGGAACGAAAUGCACAUUGCUUUAAUACUUUGUAUUGUGGGCAGUGCCAACAAGGUGAUUAUGCUUGAUCGAUUGGAACGUCUUCUCCUUGGAAAUACAAGAUUCCCGCCUCAACUGAAGGUGUUUCUGUCAAAGCUUGGGUGGAAGUGGAGAAUGCGCAUUGAGGCUGAGAUGAUACCCCUUGAGAUGAAUGGCAACAAAGAAGUGAGGCCCCAACUCUCUUGGCACCUAGCAACGCCACUCCGGGCUCUGGAGCGGCAGGUGGAGGCAGCAUUUCUGUCUGGCAAUUUCUUGCAUUCAGGCGACUUUUCGUUGAUGGAGGACAUAAUCGCUGUUGUGUUCGGCGCUGACAAAGAUGAAAUUGCAACAUCGAUGCUAAUUCGAAUCUUGAACCGAGUAAAGGGGAAUUGCAGUGCAUUUGUCACGACCCUGGCGAUGUACGAGCAUGCAGCUGAGUGCCAUGAGAAUAUGAAGAAGACAUUUUUGAAGAAAGGUUCUCCAAUACAAAGGUUUCUGCAAUUGCUUUUGGAUAACAAAUUUUUUGCACUUACGGUCAAUUCCAUUGACAAAGACGAAGGACACGUUGUCCAAAGCCAGUGCAUCGCAAUAAAUUUGUUUGCAGAUCAUCGUCAAAGUGCAACUGAUGAGAGGAUGCUUCCCCAAAUGAAAGUGAAGGUCGAACGUUGA